UCAAGAUCACGUGUGAAGUAUUUAUGUUUUCAUUAUGUAAACUGUGCCUGUCGUCUCUGUUAGGCACAAACUAACAUGGAAGAGACCGAGAAAACAGAAACACCUCAAAAAGAGUGUAUAGACUGGGGUAGAUAUGUUUAUGGACAAACGCCAAUGGCUGCCAAUAAGGAAACGUGGAGGGAUGUGUUAGUAAAUAAUGCCCAUGUCGGCCUGCCUCCGCCGUCUGCAGACUGUGACAGAUGCUCAGUCAUAUCAGGAGAGUGUCUCUAUUAUCAUUAUGGCUGCGAUGGCAAGGACGACAGAGGUUGGGGUUGUGGAUACAGAACUAUUCAGACCAUUUCUUCAUGGUUAUGUCUUAAUCAACCUGUCAGCGUAAGACACCCACCAAGUGUGAACGAAAUACAGCAGACUUUGGUGGAGAUAGGAGACAAACCUGAUUCCUUCCUGGGUUCCAGGGAGUGGAUCGGGACGUUUGAGGCUAGUCUUGUUCUUGACCAGCUCUAUGAUGUUCCCUGUCGCAUAGUGCAUGUGCGGUAUGGCGGAGAGCUUGAUCAGGCCGUAGAGGAUCUUCAUCACCACUUUCUUACUCGCGGAUCACCUGUUAUGAUGGGAGGGGAAAGGGACAACUCCUCUAAGGGGAUUUUAGGUGUGAGCACCAAUAAACACGGGAGUUAUCUGCUUGUUAUGGACCCUCACUAUUACGGCUGUCCCUUAGAUAACAACACUUUACAAACACAAGGCUGGGUUUCAUGGAAACCAGUUAGUUCUCUGGAUCAGUGUUCUUUCUACAAUAUUUGUCUGCCUCUUACUGCUAAGAAAUGACAGGGUUUUAUUUUUUAAUGAAUUCCUGUUGACUAUAAUUGUAUGCAUUGACUUCAUUACAGUAUACAAUGUCCUAACUCAAAGGUACAGAUGGAAACAAGGACUAUGAUUGCGUACAGUUUUAUACGAUGUGAUCAUUUUCAUGUUUCACCUCAUCACAUUACUAAAAUUUCUAAAUAAAAAUGUCAUUGUCCUCCA